UCAGCCAGUCAUCUCUGACUGGUCUGUUACGAUUUGUUCUUUAACGUGAUUGGUUAGAUACAUCCACUAUUCACCACCUAUUGGGAGCAACACAAACAGACAAGGUGUGUGAUGAGUGUCUAGGUCAUUGUGCAGGGACACUGUAACGCAGCAUGUUGACCGCGGGAAAGGCUUGCGCAUCUCUGGCAUCCAAGCGGCUACUGGGUGCGCCUUGCUUCGCGCCUCCCGUGCUGGAUCAGCGGUGCCGCUCUCGACUCUUCCGCACGGCCGCUCCACACGGGGAUAAGUCAGAGCUCCAUGCGGCCUGGAGCAGCCUGGCGAAGAAGCAGCUGAAAGGGAAGAACCCAGAGGAAUUAAUCUGGCAUACUCCAGAGGGCAUCUCAAUCAAGCCUGUGUAUACACAAACCGACACAGCGGCAGUAAGUGAUGAGCUGCCUGGUGUAUUCCCCUUCACCCGGGGGCCCUACCCCACAAUGUACACCUUCAGGCCCUGGACCAUCAGGCAGUAUGCUGGCUUCAGUACAGUGGAGGAAAGCAACAAGUUUUACAAGGACAACAUUAAAGCUGGCCAGCAGGGCCUCUCUGUGGCCUUCGACCUCCCUACCCACAGAGGGUACGACUCAGACAACCCCCGAGUGCACGGUGAUGUGGGCAUGGCGGGUGUUGCCAUCGACACUGUGGAGGAUAUGAAGAUGCUGUUCGAUGGCAUCCCCCUAGAGAAGAUGUCUGUGUCCAUGACCAUGAACGGGGCAGUGAUUCCCAUCCUAGCCAUGUUCGUAGUGACGGGCGUGGAACAGGGCGUGGCCAAAGACAAGCUGACCGGCACCAUCCAGAAUGAUAUCCUGAAGGAGUUCAUGGUCCGAAACACCUACAUCUUCCCUCCAGAGCCCUCCAUGCACGCUAUCGCCGACAUAUUCGCCUACACUUCCAAGCACAUGCCCAAGUUUAACUCCAUCUCUAUCAGUGGCUACCAUAUACAAGAGGCUGGGGCUGAUGCCAUCUUGGAACUGGCCUAUACUAUUGCCAAUGGACUGGAGUACUGCAGAACUGGCUUAAAAGCUGGUCUUACUAUCGACGAGUUUGCACCUAGGUUAUCUUUCUUCUGGGGCAUCGGUAUGAACUUUUACAUGGAGAUAGCUAAGAUGAGGGCUGCACGGCGUCUAUGGGCCACUCUGCUUAAAGAAAAGUUCCAGCCCAAGAACUCCAAAUCCCUCCUCUUACGGACUCACUGUCAGACAUCAGGAUGGUCCCUCACAGAGCAGGACCCUUACAACAACGUGAUCCGCACCGUGAUCGAGGCCAUGGCUGCUGUGUUCGGGGGCACACAGUCCCUGCACACAAACUCUUUCGACGAGGCACUGGGGCUGCCCACGGUGAAGAGCGCCCGCAUCGCCCGCAACACGCAGAUCAUCAUCCAGGAGGAGUCGGGCAUUCCUAAAGUGGCUGACCCCUGGGGUGGCUCUUACAUGAUGGAGGCGCUCACUAAUGAUGUGUACGAUGCUGCUCUCAAGUUCAUCAGUGAGAUUGAGGAUAUGGGGGGGAUGGCUCGAGCAGUGGCUGAGGGAAUCCCCAAACUGCGCAUCGAGGAGUGUGCGGCACGCAGGCAAGCUCGCAUCGAUUCAGGGACAGAAGUCAUCGUAGGAGUCAACAAGUAUCGGCUGGAGAACGAAGAGACUGUGGACGUCUUGGCCAUUGACAACACCAUUGUCCGCCAAAAGCAGAUUGAGAAGCUGCAGAAGGUGAGAGAAGGCCGGGAUGCCGAGGCUGCAAAGAGGUGCCUGGCAGCUCUGGAGCAGUGUGCGCAGACCCGGGACGGCAACCUGCUUGGGCUGGCUGUGGAGGCAGCCGCGGCGAGGUGCUCGGUUGGCGAGAUUACGGAUGCGAUGAAGUCGGUUUUUGGGGAGCACAAGGCCAGCACACGUAUGGUGAGCGGCGCGUACCGCAGCGAGUUUGGCGAGAACGAGGAGAUUGAUGCGACGCUCAGCCGGGUCCAGCAGUUUAAAACUCAUGAGGGCAGGAACCCCCGCCUUCUGGUGGCCAAAAUGGGCCAGGACGGGCACGACAGGGGAGCCAAGGUGAUCGCCACAGGAUUCGCUGACCUGGGCUUUGACGUAGACAUUGGGCCGCUCUUCCAGACGCCCCUGGAGGUAGCACAGCAGGCUGUGGACGCAGACGUGCACUGCGUGGGGGUCAGCACGCUGGCGGCUGGACACAAGACGCUCGUCCCUGAGCUCAUCAAGGAACUGCGGACUCUUGGUCGCCCAGACAUCCUGGUCAUCUGCGGAGGAGUCAUCCCGCCUCAGGACUAUGAGUUUCUCUACCAGAGUGGGGUUUGCUGUAUUUUUGGUCCAGGAACCAGAAUUCCCCAAGCAGCACUGAUGGUCAUUGACAACAUUGAGAAGAGUCUGGAGAAUAACCGUCAGGCCGUCUAACUGGGUGACCUAAAAUAAGUUAGGCAAGUCUUCCCAGAUUCCGAGUUGGAAAGUUACUGGCACAUGUCUUUAUCUUGGAUCAAGAUGUUGAAAUUUAAUGAGACUGUGGUUAUUCAGCAUUACUGUGUUACUAUUUGAUAUUCCAUCAUUACAAUAAAUCCACUGAAGUUGCAUUAUUUGAAAUGUAGGAGUAAGCAUGUUGAUUUAUCAAUGGCAGGUGCUGUAGCACUUUAAAAUGACACUGAUACUUAUGAAGUUACAGUGAAAGUGAUGAUUCCUUAUGCUUUUUUCCUGUGCCUAACCCAUGCAGGGUACACCUGCCAUUUGUUUUGUGCACAUUAUUCUGAUGAUAAAUCUACCAUCUUUACUUUCACGGCCAUGGCUUGCCCUGUUUUGAAGCCAGAUAAAUUGUAUUAUUUGACUGGUACUGAGGUGUGCUGUUUGUUCAUUGUCUGUGUGGACUGUCCUCCUCUUCCGCAUUACUUUCAGUGGGUUUACAAGAAAUCAUCAGUAUAAUCUUGUUAAAUAAUCAAGGAUCACACACUGAAGGUGUAAUAUUUUAGACACUUUGCUCUCUGUGUUUUUGGUGUGCCAGGUAGACCGUGUCCAGGCUGUGGAUUUGUUCAGUAAUACCUGAAUACUAUUCACCCAAGCUCUUGCUUGGACAGAGGAAUGCAGUCAUUGGUCUGACUGCUCUGUAGAACAGCGUGAUGCCUUCAAAAGAGCCAUGUAUUUACCAAACUACAACUGGUGCCCCUUUUCAUUAUAUGCUUUUUGUUCCACAGUAACGUCAGUCUACGCCACCCACAUCCCAAAUGGACAUAAGAUAGCAGUCUGAUUAUUUGCAAGUAGUUAUUUAAUUUUUUUUCCGGUAUUAAUGUGUAAAUACUAUAAAUUAUCAAUAUGCAGAGUUUGAAUGUCACACACUUUGUAUUUGUAUCUAUGGUAUACUAAAGUGACUGGCACCACAUCAGAGAUUUACUUAUAUAAAGUUGACAUUUGCCUGAUUCUAUUUAGUAGAAUGUGACAUGGAAAGCAUAUUUUCAAAUGUGAAUGUAUUAUUUAAAAAAAAAAAAAAAAAAAAAAACUUGUUACAG